AAAUUUUCAGAAAAAAGAAAUAACAACUCGAACAGACUCGGAACACAAGAACUUACUUAUGUUGAAGAUCGGAGGAUAAAAUCAUGAUCACUCUCUCCAAGAAGCUUAAACAACCUUCAGAAUCCCCUAGAAACAAGAUUGUUCAAGAUGACGUCACAAAGAGAAUUUCAAUUCGGGAUAAACUUUUAGUUAAAGAGGUUCAGGAGAUGGAGGAGAACUUACCCAAAACAUGCACGGUGCAUUUUGAUGAUCCAAAUAAAUUACACAUCUUCACAUUGACCAUUGUACCAGAUGAAGGUUUUUGGAAGAGUGGGAAAUUUAAAUUCACUCUUGAUAUACCUGAAGAAUAUAAUAUUGUACCCCCUCAGGUUGUAUGUAACACGAGGAUAUGGCACCCAAACAUCAACGAAGAUGGAGAAGUUUGUUUAAGUCUGUUACGUCAAAGUUCUUAUGAUAGCCUGGGCUGGGCACCAACUAGAAGAUUGAAAGACGUAGUUUGGGGAUUAAAUUCAUUAUUUUCAGAUUUAUUGAACUUUGAUGAUCCUUUAAAUGUUGAUGCUGCAGAUCAUUACUCUAGAAACAAGGAGUCAUUCAAAGCAAAAGUGAGAGACUAUAUACAGAUGUAUGCAUCAAGGUGAUAACGAUUGACCUUUAAUUAACCUCUCUAAUGUGCCACCAGUGUGACUUCUUCAUAAAGUUUACAGCAGUUAGCAUUAUAAGGGAAUAUUACGGCUGAGUUGACAGGCUUUUUUCUGGGAAAGGACAACAAUGGGAUUAUAUUUGCUGAGUGAAGUGUUUUAUCAUGUUUACAAAUUAGGCCUUUGUUCAUCAGCUCCUACUAUAUCUAAAAUAAAGUAGAAAAAAAUUAAUUAUUGUACAUUAUAUUUAAAAUUUCUAUUCAGUUUUUAUUAUUAUAUGUUUAUUGCUUUGAUUCACUAUAUCAAAAUAUUCUGGGUGAUUUUUUCAGGGUAGUGAACAAUGCAGGUUCAUCAAUAAUUUAUUUGAUGUACAGUGCUUACACGUACAUUGCCUUCAUUUUCAAAUACUAAAAGGUUUUCAACUAUCUAUAGUAAAAGCCUGUUUGAAAAUGCACACAAAUGUGUUGAAAGUUGUACACAAAUCCUUUUCUUUGUUUGAAAUCUUGUGAUUUAGAGUAUGGUGCUACUCAUAUAACAGAUUGUUACUGACAUUUUACUUUAGUAAGCUACAUUUGUUUAAGAACAUGCAAAGCAUUAACUAGUAAAUCCUAUUUACAUGUAUUACCAUUUUAUGCUGUGUAUUAUUAUUAUUUUGAUAUAUGUGGAAUUUAGUGUAAUUUCAAGCUUUACAAAGUGAAGAGUUAUGACAAAAUAUUCUUGUAUACUGGGCUUAAAGCAAGCAGUCCUUGAAAUUAUUUAACUACAAAGCUAUCUGAUAGUUUUAAAUUUUGAAUGAAAAAAUAACACCCGAUAUUUAAGUCAAAACAUUAGGUAAAUAAAUUCAUGAAAAUUAAGUAAGGAUAAAAGGGCUGUUGUUAAAUAUUUUGCAGUUUUGUUGAAUACAAUGACAAUACACAAUGUCUACAGUACUUGUAUACAUUUGUUUAACAUAAUUUUGUGAGAAUAUCUCUUUAGUGAUUGUCUACAGAAAAGGCAUUGUUUGUAUGGUCGUAUGAAAUUUUCAAUGACUGCACAUGAAAAUAUAAAGUUCAAUGUACUGUAUAAUUUCCAGAAAGUGAUAUUUUGUGUUUCCAGCUGUGCUACACAGUUGAGGUGAUGGUUGAAUCCUGCAUAAUUACAGGAAAAGGUUGAUGCUUACUGUAAAUUUAACUACAUGUAUGUAAACCUGUUCUUUAGAUAGUGCAUGCACAUGUGUGCGUGUAUUUAAUAAUGUCAACAGUUGUGCAUGCUUUCAAAUUAAGUCUGAAGUCAGUGAGGAGUGCAUUUUAUUCUUUAUCUCCUCCACCCUUUUUUAUCCAUUGUCAUAUAUGCUGUUUGUCAUUAUGACCUGCAUAGAAUACUGGAAACAGAUUUCCUAACAGUUUUGGUUAGUAAGUGUUGGAAACAGGCAAAGCCUUUCAUGUAAUAAGAUUUGUUAUUUUUACCCUUUAAUAAAAUACUACUAAUAAAAUAUGGAUAUUUGAAUGUGA